AGUCUAAGGUAAACAGGUGAAGCUUCUUGGUGAUGCCGCAGCGUCGAACUUUUCCGUAUAAAUACCCUCCAUCGCAAAGCCCACCCUUCUUCAUUCAAUUCAACAGCCUUCCGCCUCCUCUUCCUUUCCUCCUAUCGACUUCGCAAGAAGGGUUCUGACAAAUUCUCCGGAAUGGAUAAGCUGUUUCACGGGAUACUACAGGCCUUCGACGGCGGCAAAGACGAGGCGGACCGCCGGGGCCAGGCGGGCGGGUCCAAGAAGGUCAAGGGGACCGUGGUGCUGAUGAAGAAGAACGUCUUGGACUUCAACGACUUCAACGCGUCGGUGCUCGACCGCGUCCACGAGCUGCUGGGCCAGAAGGUCUCUCUGCGGCUCGUGAGCGCCGUCCACGGCGAUCCCGAGAACGGUUUGCGGGGGAAAUUGGGAAAGCCUGCAUAUCUGGAAGAAUGGAUCACUACCAUCACUCCCUUGACGGCAGGGGACUCGGCGUUCAAGGUGACUUUCGAUUGGGACGAGGAAGUGGGAGUUCCUGGGGCGAUCGUCGUACAAAACAACCAUCACAGUCAGUUCUACCUCAAGACGAUCACCCUCGAAGAUGUGCCCGGCGAGGGCCGAGUCCACUUUGUCUGCAACUCGUGGGUCUACCCUGCCGACCGGUACAAGAAGGACCGGGUCUUCUUCUCUAACAAGACGUAUCUUCCGAGCCAAACUCCGGCGCCUCUAGUGACGUACCGAGAGGAAGAGUUAGUUAACUUGAGAGGAGACGGAAAGGGAGAGCUUCAGGAGUGGGACAGGGUGUACGACUAUGCUUACUACAACGAUUUGGGUGAUCCAGACAAGGGCCAGAAGUAUGCCCGCCCUGUUCUAGGAGGAUCUGCUGAAUAUCCCUAUCCUCGCAGAGGAAGGACCGGUCGACCGCCGACUGAGAAAGAUCCGAAUAGUGAGAGCAGGCUGCCUCUGGUCAUGACCCUAAACAUAUACGUUCCUAGGGACGAACGAUUUGGCCACAUAAAGAUGUCCGACUUCCUUGCUUACGCUCUAAAAGCCGUGGGGCAAUUUCUGAAGCCCGAGCUACAGACUAUAUGCGACAGCACGCCCAAUGAGUUCGACUCCUUCCAGGACGUGCUCAAUAUCUACGAAGGCGGUUUUAAGCUUCCCGACGGUCCUUUGGUUGAGAGUCUGAAGGAGAACAUUCCCCUAGAGCUGCUCAAGGAACUUGUCCGGACCGACGGGGAAGGGCUUCUCAAGUACCCCAUGCCUCAAGUGAUCAAAGAGGAUAAGACCGCCUGGAGAACCGAUGUAGAAUUCUGUAGAGAAAUGGUCGCUGGAGUCAACCCUGUCGUGAUUCGCCGUCUCGAGGAAUUCCCACCGGCAAGCAAGCUAGACCCUAAAAUAUAUGGCAACCAGAGCAGUUCAAUAAGGGAAGAGCUCAUUCAGAAGCAAUUGAACGGAUUAACUGUGGAACAGGCUAUCGAGAUGAAUAAAUUGUUCAUAUUGGAUCACCACGAUGCGCUCAUGCCGUAUCUGAGGCGGAUAAACACGACUACCACCAAAACAUAUGCCUCUCGAACACUCCUCUUCUUGAAUGACGAUGGUACCCUGAAGCCGCUGGCGAUAGAGCUUAGCUUGCCACAUCCCGAGGGAGACGAGUUCGGCGCAGUAAGCAAGGUGUACACGCCGGCCGAUCAAGGCGUCGAAGGUUCCAUCUGGCAGUUGGCUAAAGCUUAUGCGGCAGUUAACGACUCCGGCUAUCAUCAACUCAUCAGCCACUGGUUGAAUACUCAUGCGGCGAUUGAACCGUUUGUGAUCGCGACAAAUAGACAACUGAGCGCGCUUCACCCGAUCUACAAGCUUUUGCAUCCCCAUUUCCGCGAUACGAUGAACAUAAACGCAUUAGCCAGGCAGAUUUUGAUCAAUGCGGGUGGAAUCCUGGAGGCGACCGUUUUCCCAGCAAAGUAUUCCAUGGAGAUGUCUUCCGCAGUCUACAAGAACUGGAUUUUCCCCGAGCAAGCCCUUCCCGCCGACCUCAUCAAGCGGGGAGUCGCUGUAGAAGAUGCAAACUCCCCGCAUGGCCUCCGCCUACUGAUCGAGGACUACCCCUACGCGGUAGACGGGCUCGAGAUCUGGUCCGCCAUCAAGACGUGGGUUGAGGACUACUGCUCCUUUUAUUACAAGAGCGACGAGGCGGUUCGGAACGACAAGGAACUUCAGUCCUGGUGGAAGGAACUUGUGGAAGAGGGACACGGCGACAAGAAGGACCAACCCUGGUGGCCUAAAAUGCAGACUGUGAAGGACCUAACAGAGACAUGUACAAUCACCAUCUGGGUUGCGUCCGCUCUCCACGCGGCCGUGAACUUCGGGCAAUACCCUUAUGCAGGGUACCUCCCGAACCGGCCCACCCUCAGCCGUCGCUUUAUGCCCGAGGAAGGUACUCCCGAAUUUGAGGAGCUCAAGCAAAAUCCUGACAAGACUUUCCUGAAAACCAUAACUGCCCAGCUUCAGACGCUUCUAGGAAUUUCGCUCAUAGAGAUCCUGUCAACGCAUUCUACCGACGAGGUAUAUCUUGGGCAGAGAGACACCCCCGAGUGGACGGCGGAUGCUGAGCCGUUGGAGGCAUUCGAGAGGUUCGGAAAGAAGCUGGGAGAAGUCGAGGAAAGGAUUAUGCGGAUGAAUGGGGACGAGAGGUGGAGGAACCGGGUCGGGCCAGUCGAGGUGCCUUAUAUGCUACUUUACCCGACCAGCGAAGGCGGAGUGACCGCCAAGGGAAUUCCCAACAGCGUCUCGAUCUAAACUUUUGCAGGCAUGCCUGUACUUGUCUUUUCUUUGUUAACUAUUCUUUUGUUCAAGAUGAAGUUAGUGUGCGUGUUUCACUUAUUAUAAAUAACCACAAAGCAAAUAGAGCAUACUAUGUGUUUGUCUAGUUUUGA